AUGUCUGGCGAUCCUUCCAUCCUGGAGCUCUCGAACCGACCAGCCGAUCUCUUCCAAUCUCUGAGGUCCCGUGAUACACCUAUCGAGCAACGUCUCAAAUUGGCACAACUCCAUUGGACCGAUCCAAAGUUCACCUUGCCAUACAAACAGUUGUAUUUCCUUCGAUGGAUCUUUGAAGUCGAUUUUUUUGAACCCAAACGAUCGAACAAGAAAGCCAACACAGAAUCAUUCACCUCACCUGUCCAUUAUCCAGUGUUUUGGAGUCUUCUCCGUCAACUCGUUUCAGAUAUCCAAGCUCCGGAUCUAUCUACCGUUCUUGGGGGGACGCCCCCGAUUAUACUACUCCGCCAUACUCUUUUGGAAUGGUCGAACCUGCUUGAAGAUCUACAAUUUUCUCAAGACGUCUGGUCAAAUUUAAAUGUAAUCUUCCCAAUCAUUAGCCAACGACUGUCCUUGGAUGUCUCCUUGGAAAUCCUCAAUGAAAUAUUCGAAGGAUUGAUGAAAUUAGGGCGUUCUAUAUCCGAGCCAGUGGAGCAGAUCGUCUUGCUAAUCAUCAAACGAAUUUUACCGACGAUUGAACAUGCCACCAAUUCCCGUAAAGCGUUCAAUUCCAUCAUACUCAACCAAAAGAAAUUGAACUCUAUCAUUCAGGUCGCAUUUAGCCCAUACAGUACCUCCUCAUUGAAGGCAUUGGUUUUUCGAAUCAUCCAGAGUUUAAUCUUCACUGUCGAAAACCUGAAAAAAGUCAAUUUAAAUCAAGAGAGUCCGAUAGAAUGGCUGGAUGCUUUGGAUGCGGUCGGGAAGAAAAAUGAAAAAAUGGGUGCUGCAGUAAUCGAAAUUGUCACCCACCUUUUGUCGGCCUUAAUUUGCGAAUUGCCUGGCUUACGUUCUCAGUUAUUCAGUCAACAGCACCCUAGUAAUGGGGCUCAGUCCAGCAACAGUCGAAAUGUGGCAAUGGAUUUAGCCUAUUUGCAUGCGACCCGAACAUUUAUCCUCCGCGUUGUAAAGAACACGGUCGAGAUUCUGAAAGAUUUGGGAUCUUCUACGAGCUCCAACUUAUCAGCUUCUAUCGCAAGCCAAAAAGCGAUUGUUCGACAAAUAUUGGAUUCCAACUUGUAUGAUCCCGGUCAGCCUAGUCAACAUGAGCUUCUCGAUCAGAUUGCCAAUCAUUGCGCGGGCCAUCUUUCAAACUCAUCAGGUCGUAUCGCGAUGGACUCUUUGCAGAUCUUGGUUGACCUGCUAUCACUCGAUUACACUUUGGUCGAAGUUCGCUUAGGUCCUAUAUUGCAAAGUUUAAUCGUAUCACCUUACGACCCGCACGAUUCUGAACCGAUCCGUGAAUUCUUUGAUGGCGUUUUCAAUUGGUUUUCGAAAGCAAAACAAAUACCAAAUCUGUUCGACAAGUGGAUUGAAAUCAUUGAAGCUAAACUUUCUCAGUUUUCACUCCGAGAUAUUUCUAAUGGGCCGUUGAUGGAUAGGACGUUCAUAGAAAGAGCCCAUGAAGAACUCCGCCUUUCCGUUUCAUCUGCGCAAAUGGUAGUGAUACAUGACCUACUCACCAGUAGACUUCGAGGUGUUAUCCAAAGCUCGACCCUCUGUCCCAGUGACUCAAACAUGGAGCCUUCUUCAAAAAGGCGCAGAAUUUCGGCGACACAAACAUCUUCACCAAGCAAAGACGCAACCACGACAGAAGCAUCUGACAUUUCAGAUCACAGUGCAAAUGUUUCUGCGCUCAUUAGUAGCUUUUAUGAGUUGUUUGUCAUUUCAGCUUCUCGCUCUUCCCUUCAGUCAAAGGAGUGGUCAAAUCUUUCCAAGAAGAUUUCUAGUUUCGGUGGUGAAAUUAUUGGCACGAUUGUCCGGUCAACAUUACAAUGCUGGCCUUCCUCGGACUCAUCAAAAAAUCGAUUCCGAAAGUUCAAGAAUCCUUCAGAGCAGAAAGUCUUGGCCUCUGCUUUUCGUAUAUUAGCUUCAGUGGUACAAGUGCAAGGUCCUCAUACGUAUUCGGAAUUGGAUGCCCUGGAACUGUCGGAAUGGCUUGAACUGCUCGAUCAAGUAUCUAGCCGAAAGAAGAAUCACCUCGAUCCCAUACUGAGCUUUGAACUGAUUCAUCUCUGUCUGGAACACACGUCUCAAAGGCUCUCUUGCCUCAAUACCGUCGAUUUCACCAUCCCGCAGACAGCAUACCAAACCAUCCUCAAGCUAGUCGAAGAUUGUACUACACCGAGCGAUUUUAAUUGGAAUGGAUCUCUCGUAUCUCUCACAUCGCCUGAACUCGCUCAUGCAUUAUGGCACUACUUGACCACGACACACUUAUCGGAAUUUGCGACCUUGGCCACACCUGAUCAAAUAAAUCAAUUUGCUCAAAUCGCUAUCAAGUUCAUAUCUCGGACUCUCCCCCCACAGCCAUCAGAUGGUCUGAAUGAAAGUGGACGUUUCAGUAUCAUCAGCACAAGCCGAAUGAUGUUACGUUCACCCGUUUUUCUCGAGUGUACCAGUCUCCGUGAACCACUCCUGCAAAAAUUGGUAGCGGCUUUCGAAGCGGUCAUGCCUUUGGACGAGGGCACAUCUUUCUCAGAAUUGGACGUGAAUCAGCUGGAUAGUGUCAACUGUCUGUAUGACGUCAUCUCCUACUUACCAUUAAGCUAUUUUACCAAAUGGGCUCGAAAGCGUUUGUUCAAAUGGAGCUUUGCUUGGAAUGAAGCCUUACUCAGUCCGCAAGUCAACAGUGAAUCACCACACAGCCAAACUGUCUCUGUCCUCCGGUCUCGCGUCUUCUUGUGCAAGAUACUGGCUGAUCCACUAUCCUCCGCCAGUCCAGAAAUGAUGAAGCAAGCUGUUGCUACGAUAAUCAAAAUUUUAAAUUAUUGCGGCACGGAAGAAGAUGAAAAUUCGUUAAUGAGAGUGACUGAAUAUCUGACAUGUGGAAUCGUCACAAAGUUGAUGAAGAGCAUGAAGGCGGGGGAAGACUCGGAUUCCAGCUUUGAGCAAUUAGAAAAGUUUUGCUUGGCUCUCUCACAGCGCAUUAAGCAUGUUGCCAAGGGAAUCAUUAAAGCCAGAUCUAUCAGACCGGAAGACAGACUUAUCAUCUCGCCAUUACAAGCUAUAGCCGACUACGGCAGAAUACAAAUACUUCAUUCUAAUCGAGAAGUUAGCGCUGAAGAAUCGGUUUUGAUUCAUCGGCUCCAACAACUCGUCUGUCCAAUCCUACGUAAUCUUGAGGCAGCUUUGAAAAAGGCUCGGGCCAAGGCCAGUUCCAAUUGCUCAAAUCUGGGAUUACUGGAGCUUGGAAAGAUUUACCUCCAGUUAUGCCGCAUUGACGGGAGUCAAUCGAGAUUCCGAGACAGCUUAAUCGAUUUGAAGUUACUCUUGCCAUCGGCUGAUCAAUUGAAAGAAUGCCAGACCGAAUUGGAAGCAUCCGACUCGCAUCCGCAGGUGGAAGCAAUUCUUCCGGAGUGUUUAGACUUGUUCGAAGAGAUGAUACAGAUCCAUCGACAUCGGUAUGGUACGAAACGCAAAGAUUGUGCCAAGGCUUUUCAAACUUUGGUCUUUUCGCACGUUCAUCUCCGGACAUCAAGAUCAGGCCCCCAUGGAGGAAGUGAUUCACGUUCGAAAUUCAGAGCCUCAUUCAUUCAAAGCUGCAAUAAUGCAAAUCUGAACGAAUCUCGCGAAGCUCUGGGGAUGCUUUUAAGCGAAAUUAAUCAGUGUUCUCAAAGGUUUAUUGGAUUCAGAUGUAGCCAAUCCUCCACUGUUGGUUCACACUCAUUCGCCAGAUUUCGGGCCCUAAUUGAUGUCGCAGUUCUUUUGAUCUUGAACUAUCCCGGUCAUGAUGUCAAUGAUACGCUUCUUCCUCAUCGGGCUUCCAGUAACGAACUUGAAGAAGUAAUUUUGAAGCUCUUGAAAGUUUUGAAGUUGGUUGAUCUCGAUGACAAACAAAAAAGUUCCAACCAGCAACACGCUCUAAACUUUUAUAGUUGGAAAACCGAUUUGAUUGAUCAACUGUGUAUUCAAGAAGCUCAUAGGAUCGGCCGAAGCUCCCUCCUUGAGGUGCUUGAGACGUUGGUGGAACUCAGCAGCCGAACAGAGUUCCAAACGGUUCAAUCUUUACAUGACAAGCUUGUAUCGAUCACUUCCCAUCUCAACCAGGAAUCUUUAAGACGAUCGUUGAUCAACCAAUUUCCAAUACUGGUUUGCCUCCUUUCGCGAUUGAUGGUCCCGACCCUUGACUUGAAAAAUUACUCCCGACUGGUGGCCGAUUUGACAUCAACGACUCGACUGACUGCUCCAUUCUCGAAGCAUUCUCCGUUCCUUUUGGUCGACUUGGUCUCGAAAAUCUCACAAGCUCCUGCCUCUUCCUCAGUCGAAAAUUUUGUCAAUCAUGGCUUGUUUAGUUUGAUUUCUACCAUGGGAAAGUUUGAACGAAACUCGAUCGGUUAUCGGAUCUUGGAGGCUCAGCAUCUUACCUCAUCUGACGAUCAUUAUCUUCAAGCAGACGACAAUGCAAACAGUUUACUCAAUUGGAAGAAAAUUCUUAAAAAUUGGGAAACUUUGAGAUAUAAGGGAACCGAUUGA